AUGGAGGCAGUCAAGCGCUUCUUCUCGUCUCCGCGAUUCGCCGUCGCUGGAGCUAGCAAUGACUCUCACAAGUUUGGCUACAAACUUCUCGCCUGGUACCAUCAACACUCACUGCCAGUGACUCCUCUGAAUCCGCGGUCUCCAAGUAUUCAGUUGUCGCCUGCGCAUUCCUACGAUACCGUCGCAUCCCCGCGGCUACUGUCCUCCCCGUCACAGACUUCGUUAUCCGUGGUGACUCCCCCGGCAGUUACUCUUCCUCUACUCCAGGAGGCUCACUCGGUGGGCAUCCCAGCUGUCUGGUUGCAGCCAGGAACCUUUGACAAUGCGGUGUUGGACUUUGCACGGUCGCACUUUGAAGCGGUCAUAGCCGGCGAUGGAGGCCGCGGAUCGGAGGGAUGGUGUGUGCUAGUGGAUGGAGAAGAGGGAUUAGAGGCCGCUGGCGUAAACUGGACAAGCCAGAGAUUGUAA